UCCGUUCCGUUGGCUACGGAGGGGAGUCCCCAAUCCAGAUUCUUCCCCUCAUUUUUGGAAGCGAAUACAAGAUUGAACAGAAAAGGAAAAUUAAAAUCAAUUUUGUCCGGGCGGGGCGUGGUGGGUCCCGCGCAACAGUUCUAUUCUGCCGCCCGCUUUGUCGUCUCGCUUGCUGGCCCCUCCUUCACUCAUGUUGCACUUUAGCCUUUGUCUGGACGCAUUUUCUACAGUGCGCACACCUUCUUAUCCUUCGCUUGUCUGCGCUCUCGGGCGCUUUCUCCCCUGUUUCCAUGGCUCUGAUCUCUGACAUUUAUCGAGCUUCUUGAGUGAUCUCCAGCAUAUUUGGGCCUUUUCUGUUUCCGCCCCGUUGUUUGAUGACGCCUUGGGAUCUUGCUCCGGACGCGCUGCAGAAUUGCGAUUUUGGAUGGGCUUCUUUCUUUUUCGUAUAACUGAAGCUCUGUGACUCCUGUUACCCCUUCCGCGAUCCGUGCCGCUGAUUCGCCGCCGUAUCUUCUCAUGGCUCGAAGCGAUGAAGUUAACCUCAACGAAUCCAAGAUGGUGGUGCCGCUAAACAUGUGGGUUCUCAUCUCCAAUUUUAAGUUGGCCUACAAUCUUCUCCGUCGUCCUGAUGGCACCUUCAACCGGCACUUGGCGGAGUUUCUAGAUCGGAAAGUCCCAGCCAAUGCCAACCCUGUUGAUGGGGUUUUCUCUUUUGAUGUUAUUGUUGACCGUGAAACUAAUCUCCUCAGUAGAAUUUAUCGACCUGCUGAAGGAGAAGAGACUCACGUGAAUAUUGUUGAUCUCGAGAAGCCUGUAACAGCUGAGGUUCUGCCUGUCAUCAUAUUCUUUCACGGUGGAAGCUUUGCGCAUUCCUCUGCCAACAGCGCUAUAUAUGAUACUCUAUGUCGCCGACUGGUGGGCAUUUGCAAGGCUGUUGUUGUCUCAGUGAACUAUAGGCGUGCACCUGAAAACAGGUAUCCUUGCGCAUACGAUGAUGGGUGGGCAGCUCUCAAAUGGGUUAGUUCUAGAUCAUGGCUUCAGAGUAGGAUGGACCAGAAAGUUCACAUUUACCUGGUGGGGGAUAGCUCUGGCGGGAACAUCGUCCACCAUGUUGCCAUGAAAGCCGUGGAAUCUGGAAUUGAAGUGCUGGGAAAUAUACUGCUCAACCCAUUGUUUGGUGGGAAAGAAAGAUCUGAGUCUGAAAAGCGUCUAGACGGGAAAUAUUUUGUUACGAUCAAAGAUCGGGAUUGGUAUUGGAGAGCUUUUCUGCCGGAAGGGGAAGACAGAGACCAUCCGGCAUGUAACCCAUUUGGCCCCAAGGGCAAGAAUCUUGAAGGGAUCGCCUUUCCAAAGAGCCUUGUUGUGGUAGCUGGUUUAGAUCUUGUUCAGGACUGGCAGUUGGCUUACGCGAAGGGCCUUGAGAAGGCUGGGCAAGAUGUGAAGCUGCUGUUCCUAGAGCAGGCCACGAUUGGGUUUUACUUGUUGCCAAAUAAUGAGCAUUUCUCAACGGUCAUGGAAGAGAUAAGAAAUUUUGUGAGCUCUGGCAGUUCGUAGGCUAGACUGUUGUCAUACAUAACAGACGGAGUUUACCGGAUUGUGUAGGUACACUACUUACUUUUUUGUGUAUUGUGGUUUCUAUAGUACCCUGCACCCGUGAUCUGGCACUCGUGGUUCUGGUAUUUGAUGUGUCUGGGAUUGGCAUAAGUGGCCGAGUAACCAGCAUAUAGCUGUAUGUUUUCCGGUGCACAUCGCCUGGAAUUGGGUGAUGAUGUAGAUAGGUGAAAGCUACGACCUUUUAUUGGAAGGAACCACUAGGGUUAUGAUUUAACCAAUCUGACUUCCAGCCAAAAAGGAGAGGAAGACAGUAUCUUGGGUAUGACCUCGGUGCCCAGCCAGUGGGGCUUGUCGCCUGCCUAGUGUUAAAUAUAUAUUUCCUAAUUUUGGAACACAACUAGAGCUAGUUUUAAUGAUAUUAUGGUCCUGUAUGUUUACACGUC